AGUGCUGCUGAGGCUGUCGCGGGCAGUCUGGUCAGGUGUUUCUGAAAGCGAACAUUAGGAAAAGUUUUAUUGAAACUACGUGGUAUUUUUCUCUAUUGGUAAAUAGAGACGUAACAGCAUCAUGCUCAGACGGAUAUUACAAAUGACUCCUGGGAAGGGAGGCUCCCAGAGCUCUGAGUCAGAGCCUCCAUCUGCAGACCUGAACAGCCAGCAGACGUCAGAGGGUUUCAUAUGCCCUCAGUGCAUGAAGUCCCAUAAUUCGGCAGAGGAACUGUUCAAGCACUAUGAGGUGUACCACGAGUCUGCAGAUCAGCCCUCACCCUGGGCCUCUGGAAGGGAGGACCUGGUGCUGCUCAGACAGGAGGUGCAGGACCUGCAGGCCUCCCUGAAGGAAGAGCGGUGGUUCUCUGGAGAGCUGAAGAAGGAGCUAGACAAAGUUCAAGGGCAGCUGAAGCAAGGUGAUGGCCAAACUGGAUCAGAGGAAUCAGCUCUGGAGAUCAAGCUCAACGAGGCGGAGACAGAGAAGUUCAACAUAAAACAGAUGAAGGACCUGUUUGAACAGAAAGCUGCCCAGCUGGCCACAGAGAUAGUAGACAUCAAGUCGCGCUACGAUGAAGAGAAGAGCUUACGUGAGGCAGCCGACCAGCGUGUGUCCAGUCUGAACCAGGAGCUGCAGAGAGAGAAGCAGGAGAAGGAUGAGCUCAACACUGAGCUGCUACAGCGCCCGGGCCAGGAGGAUGUGGAGGUGCUGAAGAAGGAGCUGGUGCAGGUGCAGACGUUGAUGGACAACAUGACGCGCGAGCGUGAGGACGAGUCAGAGCGCCUGAAGAGCCAAUAUGACGAGCUCCUCGCCAACCACACUACCUCAGAGAUCCGUAACCUGGAGAAAACCAUCUCCCAGCUGAAGGCUGAGCUGGAGAAGGGGCCCCAGGAGGCUGCUGUGUACACCCAACAGAUUCAUGAGCUUCAGAGCAACCUCAACAACCUCCAGCAGCACAAUCAGAACUUGUCGGAGCGCCUGAGCAAGCGUGAGCGCGAGAGCCAGCAGCUGGAGGAGAGCGUGUCCGAGGGCCAGGCGUCGCUGCGGGCCCUGCAGGCCAAGCUGCAGCAGCGCGACCUGGAGGCACAGGAGACCCAGGCGCGGGCGGCCCAGGCGGAGGCGGCGCUGGGCAGGGCGCAGGCCGAGCUGGGGGAGCGCGGGGACGAGGCGGCGCGGCUGAAGCGCGAGGUCAGCCAGCUGGAGCAGCAGCAGCAGGAGCUGAAGGUCGAGAGGAAGCAGCUCCAGCAGCAGCGCGAGGAGAAGGACAGCCAGGGCGUACAGCAGCAGAGCCAGAUCAGCCAGCUGCAUGCUAAGCUGCUGGAGGCGGAGCGGCAGCUGGGGGAGCUGCAGGGCCGUCUGAAGGAGCAGAGGCAGCUCUCUGGCGAGAAACUGAAGGACCGCGAGCAGCAGGCCGCUGACCUACAGCUCAAACUCGCCCGCUCCGAGGAGCAGCUGAAGGAGAAUGCUACUAAGACUACAGAGCUGCAGCACCAGCUGGAGAAGGCCAAACAGCAACACCAGGAGCUGCAGACACUCCAGCAGAGCACCAAUAGCAAGCUGAGGGAGGCCCAGAAUGACCUGGAGCAGGUCCUGCGCCAAAUCGGGGAUAAGGACCAGAAGAUCCAGAACCUGGAGGCCCUGCUGCAGAAGAGCCGCGACAGUGUGAGCCAGCUGGAGGCCGAAAGGGAGGACCUGUGUGCCAAGAUCCAGGCUGGCCAGGGCGAGGCGGCCCUCCUCAACCAGCUGCAGGAAAAGAACCACACGCUGCAGGAACAGAUCGGACAGCUGGCGGAGAAGCUAAAGAACCAGUCGGAGAGCCACAAGCAGGCGCAGGAGAACCUGCACGAGCAGGUGCAGGAGCAGAAGACGGCCAUGCGCACGCUGCAGGACCGCUGCCAGGCGCUCGAGAGCUCCAACGGAGAGCUCACCUCGCAGCUCGGGGACAGCCGCGAGAGGGUCGCCCAACUGGACACGCAGCUGAAAGCCAAGACAGAGAUGCUGCUAUCGGCCGAGGCGGCCAAGAACGCCCAGAGAGCUGACCUCCAGAACCACCUGGAGACGGCCCAGCAUGCACUGCAGGACAAGCAGCAGGAGCUGAGUAAGAGCCAGGUGCAGCUGGAGGAGCAGGGCCAGCGGCUGCAGGAAAAGCAGGAGCACUGUGUCCAGCUGGAGGCCAGCCUCAAGGAGACCAGGGACAAGCUGCUCACCUCCGAACAGCUCACCGACUCACUACAGGCCCAUGUUAAGAAAGCGGAGCAGGAGCUGGCAGAGCUGCGCUCGUGGCAGGAGCAGGCACAGCAGAACCAGGAGAAGCUGAGGCAGCAGGUGGCAGAGCUGGAUGGGAAGGGCAAAGAGCUGGGACGCCUCCUCGGAGAGGAGAAGCAAGGUGCUGCGGCCCUGCAGGAGGAGCUCCAGAAGCGCUCCACGGCCCUCACCGAGGCACGACAGCAGCUGGACAGCAGCCAGCAGGAGCACAGCGGCUUGCAGGCCCGCCUGGACUCCCUCACGCAGGAGGGGCAGGUGCGGCAGGCCGAGCUGGACAAGAAAGCACAGGCCCUGUCCGCAGACCUCGAGAAGGCCCAGAAGGAAAAGGAGGCCCAGGCCAAGGAGCUGGCCAAGACCAAGGAGGGCCUGGCCAAGGCCUCCAAGGCCCUGAAGGAGAGCCAGAGCCAACUGGACAAAGAGAAGAAGAGCCUGGAGGCCAGCCUCAGUGAAAAGGAGCAGGCUCACCAGAAGGCCAUGCAGCAGCUUCAGAAAACUGCUGACGCCACAGCCAAGGAGCUCACAGAUGUCAAGGCUCAACUUCAGAAGUUGACCGAGGCGGAGAAGGGGCUGAAGUCACAGAUGGCUACUUUAAAUGUCCAGCUUAUGCAAGCUCAGGACACCCUCAAAGCCAAGGACAAAGAGAUGCAACAGCUGCAGGCACAGCUGAAGACAACCCAGGGGUCCUUCAACCAGGAACUGAAGAAACUGGAGACCCAAGUGUCUGACCUGCAGGCCGCCCAGGCCAAGAAGGCUGAGGAGGAGGUGAAGCUGAAGGAACAGCUCUCCUCUGUGUCCAGUGAGCUGAGCUCGGAGAGGAGUCGUGCCGUGGAGCUGCAGCAGAGCCUGGAGAAGGGCCAGCAGAGCCUGGCCACCCUGCAGUCCGACUUCUAUGGCAAAGAGUCUGAGCUCUCCGCACUCCGCCAGGACAUCAAGGCAUCCGCUGAGAAGCUGGUGCUAGCUCAGGAGGAGCUGAAGGCCAGCCGUUCUCACCUGAGCAAGCGUGAGGAGGAGCUGCAGCAGCUGAAGAGCAGUGGAGCGGCUCUGCAGCAGAAGCUCAAGGAGAGCGAGGAGAGCAGCCGCAAGCAGCAGAGCAUGCUGGGAGAGCUCCAGAACCAACAGGCCCAGACGCAGGAGGAGCUGCAGAAGGAGCGUGCUCAGGUGGAGGAGCUGAAGGCAGCCCAGAGCGCUCUGGAGAAGGAACGGAGUCGCCUGGGUGCCGAGCUCAAAUCUCUGGCCGAGAAGUCCGACAAGGAGCUGAAGGAGCUGCAGGCGGCGAAGCAGAUGCUGAUCCAGCAGAAGCUGGAGCUGCAGGGCCGUGUGGAGGCGGGGCAGGCGGCGCUGGAGCAGGAGCAGCGCGAGCACCAGGCCACACGCACAGGCUUCAGCUCCAAAGAGGAGCAGCGCAAGGCCGACACGCACAAGAUCCAUGCCCAGAUGGCGGAGGAGGUGCGUGCGCGUGAGGAGCUGCAGAAGGAGAAGGAGGAGAGCGAGGUGCGUCUGGGUCUGCAGCUGUCGGCGCUCAAUGAGAACGUGGCCACUCUGAAGCGUGAGUGGCAGGGCAGCCAGCGGCGUGUGGCCGAGCUCGAGAAGCAGACGGAUGAGCUGCGCGGGGAGAUGGCUGUGCUCGAGGCCACCGUGCAAAACAACCAGGACGAGAGGCGUGCCCUGCUCGAGAGGUGUGUGAAAGGCGAGGGGGAGAUUGAGAAGCUGCAGGGUAAAGUGGUGGAGAUGCGGAGGAAGCUGGAUGACACCACCGCCGCCAUGCAGGAGCUUGGCCGGGAGAACCAAUCACUACAGAUCAAGCAGUCUCAGAGUUUGACCCGAAAGUGGGCUGAGGACCAUGAGGUGCAGAACUGCAUGGCUUGUGGGAAAGGCUUCUCGGUCACUGUCAGAAAGCACCACUGCAGGCACUGUGGUAAUAUCUUCUGCAACGAGUGCUCCGCCAAGAACGCCCUCACGCCCUCCUCCAAGAAACCUGUCCGAGUGUGUGAGACGUGCUUCGAGGAGCUCCAGGGCUGACCUUCACACAAACACACACACACACACACGGUUCACAACCUCCCUUCACACACUACACAAACUCACACACGCUCACUCACACACACAGACACACGCAACACCACAUGCAUGCACAUUGUGUAAACACACACUAGCUCAGGAGCAGAGGACUGCACUCUGCUCUGAGGAGAGCUGCUGCAGAGGAAGGACACUGGAGCAGCACCACUUGCACCAUUGGGGGAGGGGGUUACGAGGACCCCUCAAGAGCUCAUUUGGAAGACUCGCUCUGCAGGGAAUCGCUGAGAGACCUCCAAGUGUCAACUUCAAGGAAAGGAGUCUUUUUGUUUAGUUUGUUUGUUUGUCUGUUUUUGUUCUUUUAAAAGAGGAGAGAAAGGAGAGCAGACGGAGAGCCAAGCCAGGCCUGUCCCGGUCUGCCCUGUAUUGUGCCUUGUCCGCCUCAGAGGCUGUCUACACCCAGCAGGGGAGCGCGGUCUGGGCACAGGGUGGUGUUGUCUCCCUGAUGUGGGAUGGUCUGGAUGUGGAGUGGGAUAUUGUACAGAGAUAUGUGUGUGUGUGUGUGGAUGGAUGGCUGGGAAAAAGGUGAGUGGAGUGUGACAGGUGAUCUGAUUGCAUUGAGAGGGAUGUGUGAUUGGUGACUGUGUGACUGAGUUGAUCAUAUGAGAGGAAGUUGUGUGGCUGGGCUGAUGGUACUCUAAAGACAUGGAUGUGUGCAUGUGUUUUGAUGUCAGUGGGAUGUCUAACCAGGUGGGGUCAGUGUGCACUUGGAAGUGAUGAUUGUUGAAAGAUGCCGCUGGUCUAUGGAAGUGAGUGGAGAUUAUUUUAAAAGGAUUGUGAGGUUGAUGUUUCCAGACAAGUCAGUGUUAUGUUAAUGAUUUAAAAACUACCUUUAAAUACCAAUAUCCAGGUUGUGUUGGUAUGAUGGAGAAAACCAUUUAGAGGUGCUGUGUGUUUUUUUUUUUUUUUUUUUUGCAGUCAGGUCUAAUGUGUAUUGCUCUGUGUGAUGUGGUAUUGGUGAGGUCUUGUCAUAGUGAAUAUGGGCCAUGUGUUUAAAUGGAAAUACAUAAGGUGGACAGUGGAAUCAACACCAGCAGGGAUCUGAUUAGAACCAAAGAAUGUAGAGUAGGUAUGCGAGUGUGGAGUAUGGUUGUGUGUGUGUGUGUGUGUGUGUGUGUUAGUGUGUGGAAGUCUGAGUUGGGUGGAAGAAGGAUCUCUUCUUAUCUAACACUGAGGUGUUCUGGGGCUCUGAAAGGCUGGGUUAUGGAUCUGGACAUUUCUGAGAUUCCUUAUGAAGCCUCUCUGGCCACCCCUGUCAUCUGUACAGCUGAUUCUCAAAUGGCUUCUUGUUCUUUGGUUGAAAUGUGUUUCAUGUUGCACUGGCCACUGAUGUGUCAUGACCCACAGGUCGUGGUACCUCACUGAUGUAAUAUACAUAAAUACAAGUAGGUGCAAAUGAUGGUACAAUUAACCCUGCAUUGUGCAUAGGCGUUGACCUGUGUGUGUGUGCGUGCGCGCCCAUCUCGCUUUUGAGCAAUAAUUGUGAUCCCGUGGCACUGGCUGCAGCUGUUUGUAUGUGUGACUGCUGCGUAUGAGCACUUGGUCUGUUUGUAUGGUUGCAUUUUUAAAACAUAAUUUCCUCUUAAAUUAAGUUUUAGAGCAUCUGGUGUUGUGUUGUCUGAAGUACUGCCUGUACAAAAAGAGCAACUCAGCUUAGCCGUAGAUCUAUCGCACAAGUGACUUGAUGUCGAUGUGAAGAAGCACUCUUUGGAAGAGCUACAACCUCAGUGUUGCUCCGUCACCGCUGUUGGCAGGAGCAGGUUAGUCAGGUUUCGCCAAGCGACGUAGACCUCCACCCUACCCCAAUCCCCCAGCCCUGCUGAAGAGGGAAAGCUUCUCAGCUUAUCUGUGUUUGUUUCUUAUAUGAGUUUUCUUUUUAGUCUGGGGUAGGUGUAGGGCUCUUACCUCUUGGUUAGGCACAAAGGGAAGGUCAGAGGUCAGAUUUGCAUGACCUUUUGUGCCGGGGGUCAUAGUCACAUUUUAAUUCAGCAUAGUAUUCACUUCCAUCUGGUAAAGAAUCAGAACAGUAUAACAGAAGACAUUGUUUUAUGUGUUUAGUAGAAUGCACUCAAGCUCUCUCACUCUCUCAACUUGCAGAUCUUCAUGUAUUUCUUCAUGCAUGUGGGACACUGACUUGCACAAAAGAAAAAAAGAAAAAUAUACAAGGCCUGCUGAGAUGUAGGUGUGGCUGUCAGUGCCAAUCCUACUGAAUGUUUGUGUUAGUGCCAUGGAUUUUCUCUCCUCUCUCCCGCCCUGUGUAGAGGAGGAACAUCACACGUUCGCUUUAUGGACGGAAUUCAGCUCUUAUUUUCGCGCUCACUAACAGAUGCCAUUGUAACUUUGUCUGUAACAUGUUUUGAUUAUGAUGUAUAAUAUGUUUUUUUAUAUAUAUUAAAAAAAGCAAAGGGAGAAAAAUGUACUGAGGACGUAUAUGUAAAAAAGAGAUUAGUCUUAACCGUCCUCAUAUAUCAUUUGGUAUUGACACUACGCAUUGUUGUGGUCUUGACUUGGUGGUUUAUCAUGGCUGUGUUUGUGCGUGGCGUGCUGACCAGGCCUCUACAUGCUCACCACUGGACACUGUGUGUGUGAUCAUGUCUCUGUGCCUUAAGUUUACGUUCCCGCUCACUGUCCCCUCUCCAUCUCUGGCGUCUAUCUGGAAGACCACAGCUGACUUAACAGCAGAGACUGACUGACCCGACCCGACGUGACGUACUGAAUGGUUUUACUUUUUGUUAUGAGAGGAAAAACAAAGUGAUGUAAUUUAUGUCCUGAGGGAUCAUUUGUUUUCUAAUUUUCCAUCAUGUUUAAGAGUAAAUAAUAAAACUAGGUGUUUCUAUUUUCCACAUAAA